GUGCGACCCUUGUUGAUGCACAAGGGCCAAUUAAGGCUGGUGUUUCCGCGCUUAUACAGCUGCGAAACCCUGUUCAUGCACAAGUUUGCUGUUUCCGUGCUUAUACGAGUAUAUAUAGUUUCAUCGUUUACAACUAUUGGGAUUACAGGCAACCAUGGUCCGCUAACUUUAACUUGUGCGUAAUAAAUCUAGAAGUAUCCCCUUCACCGAAACAGACACAGUAGGUACGGUACGUAUAGCAUUAGCAAGUAGUAUGAGUUAGGUCCAUGACUCCAUACAUGUACGUGCAAGAUCGAAGAUAAAUGCUGCCAUUGAUGAUUAAAUUGGCCCAUCGCAUGGAUGGAUGCUGCAACUUGCAAGCUGCUUCUAGUCAUGGGAGGAGAGGAGGACACGUCGCGUGCCUAGACGUUCCCGAACCGCAAGAGUUUGGUCUGCUCAACAUCACGGCCAUCCAGGUGGGCACGGCUCCGGCGGACUUCCAGCACGGCGCCAACUUCGCCAUCAUCUCUGCCACCGCGAACAACGGGUCCUUCUUCGCCGGCAAAGGGAUGACCAUCAACCCCUUCUCGCUCGACACGCAGAUGCUCUGGUUCAGGGCCCAUGUCCAGCAGCUCACGCAGCAGAACCCAGUCGGCAUCAACGUGCUAAGCGGCGCCCUGGUGGCGCUGGGCGAGAUCGGCGGGAACGACUACAACUUCGCGUUCGGGAGCCCCGGCAUGACGCGGGAGCGGGUGCGCGCCUUCGUGCCCGCGGUGGUGGACAAGCUGGCCGCGGCCGUGGAGGAGCUGAUCGCGAUGGGCGCCAGGGCGUUCAUGGUGCCCGGGAACCUUCCCUUCGGGUGCACGCCGCUGUACCUGCGCCGGUUCGGCCGGAGCGCCAGCGCCGGGGACUACGACCCGCGGACGGGGUGCCUGGCCUGGUUCAACGCCUUCGCCGAGUACCACAACCGGGUGCUCAACGCGCGGCUCGACGAGCUCCGGCUGCGCCACCCGGACGUCGCCAUCGUCUACGCCGACUGGUACGGCGCCAUGAUGAGCAUCUUCCAGUCCCCCGGGAAGCUAGGAUUCACGAACGCUCUGCUGUCGUGCUGCGGCAACCAGACCGUGCCUUGUGGCCAACCUGGGUGUACCGUGUGUGACGACCCAUCGACGUACGGCUCGUGGGACGGGACGCACCCGACGGAGGCAGUGUACAAGGUGAUCGCCGACGGCGUGCUGCACGGGCCGCACGCGUCGCCUCUUCCUCUGGCCAAGACCUGCCCUCCGAGCUGAGGAAACCUCUGCUUGGAUUUUGCUGAUUCUUAGAAGAAAAUAAUUCAUUCUUUCAGUGAGGCUGUAUAAGAUCGUCUGAUUUGUGUAAUACCUCUGCUUCGAGUAGUGGUAUUGUGCAUCGAUUGUAACAGCUUCGGUUCUGAACAUAGGCGAGGUUGACAGUUUCGUGUAGACAAGAAAAGCAGAGUCUGUUCUGCUCCUCUGCCGGAAGUGUAGAGUACAGAUUGCAUGUCUGCUGAAGUACCUACCAUUGACAGAAGUGCUUCAUUCGUUGGCGAUUUUUCACCA